CUCCGCUCCAUUCUUAUCACUAACCCAUCCCUCACCAGCCUGGAUUUAUCACGUAAUGAUCUCCAAGACUCUGGAAUGAGACUUCUGUGUGAGGGACUCCGACAUCCUGGCUGUACUCUGCAGGAGCUGAGGUUGUUUGAAUGUCAUCUGACUUCCUCCUGCUGUGAUGAUCUACGCUCCAUUCUUAUCACUAACCCAUCCCUCACCAGACUGGAUUUAUCAGAUAAUGAUCUCCAAGACUCUGGAAUGAGACUUCUGUGUGAGGGACUCCGGCAUCCUGGCUGUACUCUGCAGUACCUUAGAUUAUUAGGGUGUAAAGUGACAUUCUCGUGCUGUGAUGAUCUUUGCUCCGUGAUCUCCACAAACCGAACUCUGACCAGACUGGAGGUGACAUUGGAUAAGGAGGAGAUGUCGGACUCAGAAGUGGAUCGUUGUUUUGAGGUCCUCCGGAAUGCCGGCUUCACUGUGGAUGGA